AUGGAUCCAGAGCUCCUUGAAAUUGUGAGUCCAAAAGAUUACUAUGAAGCUUUCCUUAAAGAAGGAUUCAGGCCUGAUUAUCGAAAAAUAAACAAACCAAGGAAGUAUGCAAUUUCGAUGUGUAAUUGACAUUUAGUGGAAAAUGGGGUUUUAGUAAGAAUCGGAAACACUGCAGUUAUAUGUGAGCUAGUUGAUGGGAAAGGCAUUGAAGGAUGGAGUGACAUCUCAUAUUUAGGAGAAGUGAAUAAAAAAACGAGAAUAAGGACUUUGGUAGAUGAUGGAAAUUUGAUUGAAGCUGUGGGCCUUGCUUAUCAGAUUGCAAUUGAUAGCCCAAGCAUACUUUUCCCUUUUACAUUUUCUGAGCUUUUUGGAUACAUUAAUUAUUUAGUCAGCCUCUUCCACAGGAUUAUUUAGGCACGCGUCGGCCCAUCCUUUUAAGUCCAACCUAGAGGCUUGCGGGCAAUUCCAGCACCAAAAGGGCCCGACGUUAUGAGUUCCGAUGUUGCCAAAAUGGUGAGGAUACUCCUAAACAGCAGUUCUAUGAGUGACCAGAAGCCACACGGUAGCAUUGCUUCGCCUAUAGCUUGACUCCUGCGCGUGCUCCGCCUAAGAGUUGCCUUCUUCAAAUAGGUCAAGAAGUAAACUCAAUACGUCUCUAAAUUCUUUGAGCCUGAAUGUCUAACCCUAUGCGAUAAGCCAUAUUUGACAUUGUGGAUAUAGGUGCACCAGAUAAACCGAGCAUCAUAAUAAAAAAAUGCAAGGAAAGGCUUUGGGAGAAAACCAUUUCCGAGCGUAGUCCUUUUAUUAUUAGCUUGCUGGAUACACAAUCAGAGAUCCAAGAAAAUGUGAGGAAAGAUUAUCCGAAUCCCAAUUAACCAUUUUUCUUAAUGAAGAAAAAUGCCUUAUACAGAAAAACUACUCAAAGCCAAUUUCGCUUGCAGAUUUAGAGAAAUUAGUGAGUGAAUGCUCAGGGUUGAUAAUUGCUGCAAAAAGGAAUCUUUAUGAAUUGAAACAAAGCAGAUCAUUUGCAGGAAAAUUUUACUCGACAAAGAGCUAA